CCGACACCAGUGACCUUCCCCCGCCGGCGCUGACUCCGGCCGCGAGUGGAGCGGGGUCCCGGCCCCGAGCCUGUGGAUGCCUUCCUGGCCACAAGGGCACGGUGCUGACUCAUGAUCAUCCUGCUGUCCACCAGGACCCCCAGGUCCCUUUUUCCUACACGGCUCUCUAAUAGAUCGUUCCCCUCAGGACUCAGGGAGAGCUGCGGUGUGACCUUUUCUCCCAGACGUGACCCGCAGCAGAUUCCACCCAGAGGAACAAUUUGCUCAAAGAGCAGUUUCAGGACGGAGCAUGGGAUGUGACAUUGAGAGGGACCGGGUGACUUUCACAACGAGAACCGGUCUUUCUGCUCUGUAUCUUCUCAGCAGCAGCUUCCCUAAUUCAGUUCUUCGCUCGGGUCACCCCGCCCCCCGGCGCUACCGGGUGACUGACUCGCUGCUCCGCCCUGCCGGCGGCGGUGGAGGCUGCGCGACACUGUUGGGAAGGCGCGGGAGGUGUGGUUUACGGUUCUGCCGUAAAGCAGCUCACCCGGACAAGCCUUGCUGCUGCCCUUGGGAGGCGAGCGGACAUGAGUGGGAAUGGCGGGACCAAGGCCUUGGAGCUGCUGCGGUCACUGCCCAGAGUCAGCCUGGCCAACCUAAGGCCCAGUCCAGGCUCCAAAAAGCGGGAGAAAAGACGUGGCCGUGGAAGAUAUGGAGGCAGGAAGUGUGGUCGAGGUCACAAAGGAGAAAGACAAAGAGGAAAUCGCCCACGAUUAGGCUUUGAGGGUGGACAAACUCCAUUUUACUUGGCCAUACCAAAAUAUGGGUUUAACGAGGGACAUAGCUGCAGACGUCAGUAUCAACCGCUCAGUCUUCAGAGGCUGCAGUACCUGAUUGAUUUGGGUAGAGUUGAUCCCACACAACCAAUUGACUUAACGCAGCUCACUAACGCCAGAGGUGUAACAGUGCAACCUCUCAAAAGGGAUUAUGGUGUCCAGCUGGUGGAGGAGGGUGCUGAUAUCUUUGCAGCAAAAGUAAAUAUUGAAGUUCAGAGGGCAUCUGAAUUAGCGAUUGCAGCCAUAGAAAAAAAUGGAGGUGUUGUUACAACAUCAUUCUAUGAUCCAAGGAGUUUGGAAAUUUUAUGUAAGCCAGUAGUAUUUUUUCUGCGUGGCCAGCCUAUUCCAAAGAGAAUGCUUCCACCUGAAGAUUUAGUGCGUUACUACACAGAUGCAAAGAAUCGGGGAUACCUGGCAGAUCCAUCGAAGGUUGCAGAAGCCAGGCUUGAACUUGCCAAGAAAUAUGGCUACGUCUUACCAGACAUAACGAAGGAUGAACUCUUCAAAAUGUUAAGCGCACGCAAGGAUCCUAGACAGAUAUUUUUUGGUCUUGCUCCAGGCUGGAUCGUGAACAUGGCAGACAAGAAAAUUCUCAAACCAACUGAUGAGAGGCUGUUAAAAUACUAUAGCUCAUGAAUUCAGGACUAGAGACAACUGCAGGUGCACAGGAAACAUCUGGGUAUGAAAUAAUGGAUACUAGGUGGUGUUUGUUUUGUUUUGUUCAAGACUCCUGUUAGACUAGACAAAACAUACAUUUUUGUUUAUGUAAUCUUCUGGUGUAGCUCUCAACUCUUUUUAUUAUCACAAUACAGUAUAUGAAAAGUCCUAACAUUUGGAAACAGUGUAGAAUCUGACAUAAAGAGUGUGUUCAGGCACUUUCUCUUGUGAUGAUUUGCCAUUUCUUUUUUUCAGAUAAAAUGUUUUGAUGUUGCCUUUAUUUCAGAGAAUGGUUCCAAAGAGUUACUUGACCUAAUAAUUAGUUUAUAUUUCCCCCUUCAAUUUAAAAUCAGAAAUGUGGCUGUACAAAGCCCAUAUUAGUUUUACAAUCAUAUUACAUAUCAUUAUAAUUUAUGUUUUAGAAAAUGGUAUCCUGAAUACCUUUGAGAGGUAGACCAUCUGUUUUUGGAGGGGGGAAAUUAAAAAGAACCAGAAAUAACAAAGUACUGCAGAAUUCAUUAACCUCUUCAAUUCAAUAGUGAUGUUUUGGGUUUUGCCACUUCCAUCAAUAUCACUAGAGCUUGAGAGGUCUAGAUUUUUGUCUUAUGUCUGCAGGUGGAAUUGAGACAGACGGGGUGUGCAGUUUAAAAGAACUUUCUAUCUAAAUUACAGAAAAAAAUGGCUAUCUUAAAUGUUUUUUAUUAUUCAAACUGAAUUUAAAACUUGUCCAGAUAUAAAUGUAAUGCCAUUAAUAAAAAAUGCAUAGUAGAAUCCAGAGUCAAUGCAUAUUAGACAGCAACAAUAGAUCGUGAAGGAUGGGAAUGUGAUUAAGUACACAAUUAAGAUUCAGUUUUCAGCUUGAUCUCAGAUUGCAUACAUGACCAUCGACAAACAAAUAUAGAUUUGAAAAGUUAUGAACAAAUUAUUUUAAUGGGAAACAGUAUUUUAAUCACACCGACUUGAUACAACUACAAAAACUAUUUUCCAACAAACAUUUGUUUCAUCAGUCUCUGCAGAAUACUGUAUUAUUACUAUGCAGGAGUGUUCUAGGUUUCAUAUGGAAGUUUAGGAUUGGGUGUUGGGAUGAUGAACCAAGUGGUAAACGAAAAGAUGAGAGAGGACACUAAGUUAAUCCAUCAGAACUUGAUCAGACUCCUUAGAAGUUAGUGAGAUGUUUCAUAAUUACAUGAACUUAAUGGAAGCUGAAUUUGGCUUUAAAAUAUGGAUAAUUUGGUUAUUAUGGUGCAGGAAACAGUCCGGAAGACCAGAACACAAGAAUAAGUCUUGCUUUCCAAUGUUCAUGUGCCCUUGGAAAUGCUAUAUAUAGUUUCCUGUAGCUGCCAAACCAUCUCGUCUCCUAGGGGAAGCUGCCUUGAGUGCCAGAAUCUCCUGUAUAACACCUGUAUUGCACUUGUGUGCUUCAAGGAGGAAAAAAAAACAACAACAACAACUUAUUUUUCUUUCAGGGAAUAACAAGAAGCAGAUUAAGGUUUUCGUUGGUGUUUGUGAACUAGCUCAGAUAUUUGUUUCACUCAACAAACCGCCUUGUAAAUUAAUAUGAGCAUCUGUAAUCGCAAAACAAAAUAAAACAAGUCUUCUAUUCUCAUGAUGAUUAAAUAAUCUGAAAUCCAAA